AUGAAUUUGGUUGAAUUAGUUCAGCAAUUGAUCCAUCGAAGUAAAAGAGUGUUGGUAUGUGGCACGUCAAACAUCUCAGUGGACCCAUUAUUGGAAAGACUCAGCGACAAACACGACAAUGAGGAUUUGGUCAGAAUUAGUCAACCUGCCAAAGUGUUGCCUUCGUGUGUGAAGCAUACUUUGAAUGUCUUGUUCAAAGCUCAUGAAGAUACAAAUAUAUUGCUGAAAUUAAGGAACCGAUGAGAUCCACUUUUGAUGAAAUAAAGUAUGCCAAGAGUCGCGCAUUACGCAGGAGUUUGUGUGCGUAGUUGAAGUCACUACACGAACUGUUUUCAAAACAAUAUGAAAUGGGUAUUCAAAUCCAUUAUUAAAAAAGCACGUGUCGUGUUUGCAACUUUGCAUGGUACUGGCUCAACUGAGCUAACAAAGUGAUGUAGAAACUUUAACACGAUAAUUAUCGAUGAAGUGUCACAAGCACUUGAACCCCAAUGUUGGAUUUCUCUAGUUGCUUACAGAUGCAAGAAAUUAGUUAUUGUCGGAGACAACAAGCUGUUGCCCCCAACUGUUAAACUGACUGAUAGAAAAGUGACUAAUAUACAUCGGAAACAAGUUUACUCGAUAGAGUCAUUGGCGAGUUGAAUGGUGAAAAGUAUGUUAAGUUUUUAAAUGUGCAAUACCGAAUGAAUGCAUUUUAUCAUGAAACUCCCUAGUUUGAAACUUCAUGAAAACAAACCUAUGAGUUUUAAAUUGAAUAAGAAUUGAAUAAGAAUUGGAUAUUGUGCGAGUUACCUGGGGUUAGAAGUACCCCAGUGACAUCAACUACAUGCAUGUGGUACAACACUCAAGAUGUAGGGUUUUUGGAGAUGAGUACAAGCACCGAGAAUAUAAAAUCAAAACUGAAUGCAAAAGAGGUGCUCGUGGUGAAGCAUCAUAUCAAGAAUCUUUUUGAUAAUGGCAUUUUGGAACACCACAUCGGAGUCAUUGCGCCCUAUUCAUCUCAGAUGCAACUACUCAAAUCAGAGUUGAAACCACAUCAAUCGAUUGACAUCAAGCACCGUUGAUGGAUUUCAAGGAAGAGAAAAAUAAGCUAUCAUAUUGACAUUGGCGCGAUCCAAUGAAAAGGUUGAGCGAGCAAAGACUGCUGAAUACCACUAUCACUAGAUCCAAACGUCAUUUUUGUGUUGUUGGAGACUUGCAAAUGAUGACGGAUUCAGGACAUACGUUUUUGAAAGAGCGGGGCAAGUUUGCUGAAACCGAACUGAAGAAACACGAUUGGUUGAAGCCAUAUAAAAGCAUUGGUGUGUCACUCAGUGGUAUGCUCGAAACAAAGAGGGACUAA